AUGCAGCGCCUGACAAUGCAGAGGCCGUCAGGGCAGCAACCCGAGCCCUGCGCCAGGUUCGAAGCUUGCAGCGACAAUACCAGCAGCUCCUGCGAGCCGGCCCACUCUUCGCACUGCUCUGGCAUCUUCCUGCGUGUCGGAGGCACGGAAGCGGGCUUGGUGGAUCUGGAGGAUCUUCUGGAGGGCUCUGUGACUGCCAACUCAGCCAGUGGCGGCAACGCCGUUUGCGAGGUCGUCACCUGCAUCGCAGCAGAGGGUGAGCAACCCUGGUGUCCGCGGCGGAUGCUGCUCAGCGAUGCGGGCUUCUCCUUGCAAAACAGUCAAAGCACACAGGGAUUCUUCGUGUCGUCUGAGCGAGCAACGGAGCUGAUGCCCUGGAGUGACGUGCAACGUGUCUCGGUCUUCGACCCGAACGCGACACCCAGCCAGUCCUCAAAGUCAUCGUCCCGGCAGAGCAACCUUUGCGAGGCCGAGCUGGAGCUCUCUAAGCCACCCGGCCGUCUCAGGCUCCAGUUUGGUACCGCGGGGCCAGCGCAGGUCCUGCAGCAACUAUGGCAACAAUCGUCUCAAGGUGUUUCUCCACCUCUGCCGGGCAUGGACGUGCUGCUGGAGGAGCUCAAGCUCACCAAAGGAUCGCCACCUUGUCCGACUCGAUCUGUUUUCACGUCUGUGCUUCCUGACGGGUUAACCAUCUCGAAGGUGCGACAAAUGUUCAGCACCAACGGCCGAGAGAAUCCGAUCAUGAGGUUGCAUGACAGAAUGGGGGCCCAGAACAUGGUCGAGCGUGACUGGGAGCCGUUGGCAGGAGGACUGGUGAAGUGCCUGCACUUCGUGCUGCCACUGAAGCCCCAACCAAUGGCGCCGGAGAAGACCCGCGUGUCCUUGGUCUACUUCCUCUGUCCCAGUGCAGAGGGGUCAAAGGUCAUCCUCCAAAAGGUGACCAGAGCUCUUGACAUUCCGUAUGCGAAUUCUUUCCGUGUGCACCACGAACACACCUUCGUGGAGGCCCCCAGCGACAAGGGACCACAAGUCUCGGUCGACAUGGGCCUUGGCAUCAACUGGGUCGACAGGUGCUUUGUAAAGCAGAUCAUCGAGAGCAGCACGCGCCGAGAGACACAGGAAAGCAUGCAGGACUUCAUGGACUGCAUAAGUGAGACGAUGGCGGCAUAG